AUGGCUCUCUUUUCCAAACGUCUGACCUGCUUUUAUUGUGGGCGGCGCGCGACCAAACCCGUCCGUGGGCCGGUGCACAAAUUCCAUUGCGAACAUUGCGAGGCCGACAACUACCUCGAUCAGCAUGGCGAUAUUACCGAUCCCCCGGCAUCAGACACAAAUCCAGAGGGUCUCGGACCCGACGUGUCAAGCCCGCCCUUUGAGUCAACCGAGUUUCGACGAUCAGAUCUGUUUUGUUCACAAUGUGUCCGCAACCAACAUCUUCUAGCCACCACGCUAGCCUCGUAUUUUCCGCCACCUGAUGAUCCUGAGUACGCCGACUAUGAGCGCGAUUAUCCCCAAUUCCGAAAGAGAGCAGAAGACCGAUAUCCACAAGUAUGCUCCAAAUGUGAAGAUGGUGUGCUCAAAGAAAUUCGGAAGAAGGGGUAUGAGGCAAAGGCAGACCACCUUCGGCGCAUGAUGGAUCAAACAAGAGCCAGCAGAGCCGCGCGAAUGGCGAGAAGAUACAGUUGGCAAAGUCUACUCGUCUACGCUGGCUCUAUCGGAUACUGGAGCAGCGUGGCCGGUCAACUUUCUUGGGAUGUCAUGAGUGCUUUGACGAGUCCUCAUUCUCUGGAGCAUCUUGGAUUCUCUGAUGCAUACAAUGCUCCUUCGGUAUCUCUCUUGUCUUGCAUUACCCGAACACGACAAUUGCAACGUAUUCCCGGCGAGUGUUCCGUCGACCUCGCGCCUCUUGCGGGCCUUUCACUCGUUGCCGGAAGUCUCUCUAUAUGGUGGAAUCCGAAACUGCGCAUGAAGGUUGAAGGGCUCAAUGGUAGAUUCGCCGGGCUGGGAGAGUAUUACCAAGUGCAACUCAUAGUGCUUGUUGUGCGGUGUGUAUUCUGGGCAUUGCUUAAGGACCCGUCGACAAGCGGAAUGGUACCCACAAUGCCUCCGGCUUUACAUAUGUUCAUGAUUAUGUUCACUGUCCUAUCUGUCGUUGUUUCCCGCCGUGUCGUUCAAUAUGAUACUCGACCUUUGGUGAAUUGGUCAGACAACUCUUGGGAACGACCCUUAAGAAGCACGGAAACAUCUCCUGCGCCCGCUUCUCCUCGCGGACCUGCUAAUACGACUCCGACCCUGGGCAAUGGCUCGAUUGACCAACCGUUUCCCAUCCACAAACUGGGCGAAGCUCUUCCCUCCCUAGGAAAAGGAAAAUCGCCCGCCGCUAUUCCUCCUACUCCUCCUUCAGAGGUCGAAGAUAUGGAUUGGACUCCCUCUGCUCCCCAGAAUAUCCAGCCGACAGUGAGUGUCUAUCAGCGGAAUCGACCUUCUGCGUUCGAUGGGCCCUCCCCCUUUACCGGCAAGAUCCCCGCCGCGCCCAAGCCACCGGCAUGGAAUCUUCGCGCUCGGAACUCGACAAAACCAAUUGAACAGGUUGUCACACCAAAUCCGUUUCACAGAAGUCCAUCUCAUCCCCCCAAUCAGUGGCAAAUGAAAAAUGCAAGCCCCGAACCUGUUUUCAAGCCGCCGAGGUUUUUCCCAACGAGUGAUUUGGAUAACUCGACGGGGCUAGAAGCUCUGUUUGAUCGUACAUUCAACAUUGCCUCCAGUGACGAGCCUCGACGAGAUUGGAAUCAAUCCACCUCUAACCUGGUAUCCUACUCAGAGUCCUCUGGUUAUCUCGUUUUCCAGUAUCUACGACUGAUCUUAUUGGUGGGCUCUAUGGCAGCAUGGACCUUUUCACAAAACCACCAGCUUUCAAUUCCCGGAAAUUUCAUUGAAGCCUGUGCUCUGGGCAGCGCAAGUUUGAUUGCUGGCUUUGCGCUUCUAGAAGCUGUGAAAAGACCUCUGGCUUAUUGGAACGGAAAAGAAAUAUUGGUUUCUAUCACGCAGCUCGGCGCAGCCGUUCACCUCGGGGCCCAUAUCCCUCAGCCCUCCUACGACCGUGAAUAUUUUGAUCGUUACGGAAAGAUGCUCCUUGUCUUCAUGGCUGUGCAGGAAGCCCUUGGACUGUUGGCCCUUUAUCGCACUCCGGCGCCCGCUUCAAGCCCCGAAAUCCAGCAACCAAUGAGCCCCCUUUCACCUCAACCUGGAUCUCCACAACAACUACCCUCAAAUAAUGCUGCUAUUUCUUGGCCCUCUCGCAAAUCUCCUGUCAACAAUACCCAGUCCUUUAACAUGCAAGCAUCACCGCCUCCGCUCUCUUUCACGUCUACAGCUGGGGGUACCAGUUUCUCCUCUGCGCUGUCAUCGUCUUUGCCUCCUGCACCACACUACCAAAUUUCUUCCUCCAACAGUUUCAAUCAUUUUCCGACGCCUCGCAACAAGAAUCCUCACAGCUUCACCAUGAGUGAGCUCAAGGAAAACGAGCCACCCUCAGAUUAUGAUCAAGAUUCAGAUACUGAGACGAUUGCUACCACAGCUACCAACCGUACUGAUGCUACCACCCACAAUAUUCGCUAUGGACGAUAUUCCAAUUUGGAUUUCAACCCAGCUUUCUCUCCGAGACGGAAUGAGCUUGGUCCAGGUAUCGGUGGUCUGAGUCUGGAAGACCGACCUGUUUCCAAACGCGUCACGCGUAGCCAAACGCAACAGGGCCUGACAGGUCGAAGAGUACCAGGCCGACUAAUCAGAUGA